GAAAUAAUGGCGCACGAGUCCCCGCUUGAGGAGAUGUUCGACUUCCUCGGCGAUGCAGUGGACCAUUCUGGUAGCAGUGUAGAGCCUCUCCCAGCAGUGGACAGUAUUGCAUGGGACCCCGACCUGAUCUUAGAACCCAUGGGCAAUGACGCUGAAGACGAGAGUUCGCAUAUACCUGACCGAACCGCUGCCAGGUCGUGCAAUUCAAAUGGAGCAACUGGCAGGACUUGUAGAGAACAAGUGCAACACAUAACAACGAAAACGAAGAAGCGCAACAAGAACAAGGCUCGAGAUGAGCGUCGCUUCGUCUUGAUUCAGCUCCGUGACGAGGUGGAAAAACUGGAAUUUACGCUCAACCAGCUUCAGAAAAUGCGAGGCAAACAACACAAGACUACUGAACAUUCAAGCCAGGACUCAGAGCAACACCAUGGAGUGCCGGCUGUGUGGCAGGAUAUCUGUGCUCGCCAAUUGCGUCAACGGUUAACAGCAGAACGCGAAAACGUUCGACUGAAGCAAGAGCUUGAGCGGGAGAAAGAGCUUGUCAAGAGCGUUCAGAAGCUGUUGUACAAGCGGCGAAUGCCGAAGGAGACAGGGCCUGAAGCUAACAAACAUACGCGACGCACUAAUCUUCCUCCCGGGUAUAUUGAACGCAUGGCCGCAUUCAUAUUUGACGAGCUCGCCGCUGGUGUUGAGACCAUGUACCAAGAGGUGACUGGUCUGCUGAAAGCGAGCAGUUCCUUUACGACAGUUCAGCGACCACUACUACGUGGUGGCGUGGAAGGGAAAGCGGAGAAACUCUUUGACAGAAAAGCUUUGUCGUUUAGCCAGCAUGCAGCUGGUGAGGCCUGGUGGCAAGCUUGGCAUGAUCAUCGGGGACGAAGCGUACAGGAGAGCGUGGGUGACACCAUCGUCGAGACGUUUGGGUUGGAAAUGAGUGAUUUCAACGCGAAUAUUACUGCAUCAUCGUACGGACAGCAGGUUUUGCGGCGAAACAUUCAAGACAAUCGCGUCAUGUACGUCUGGAAUGCUUACAUGGAACCUUUUGUCUUUGAAAAUGAACGAGUCAGCGGCAUCUACUUUCUGGAGCAAUGCUUCGUGUUCAUCAAGCCUGAAAAUUUUCACCCAACGAAUGGCACAGACGAGUCGUUAUCGAGUCUGACAACCUGCUACACGAUCACACCUUACUUUUUGACCCCGGAGUUGCGAAAGGAUGUAAAGGCAAGGGCGCUAGUCGAUUUUUUCGUGAGCUCCAUUUUUGCGACUAUAAAGUCGCGUAGCGAAUAUGUCGAGAAUCUGCUACUAGAUCAAGCGCUUGAGAAACUCAACUUUGGCUAGAAAGCUUACGUUGUCAAAAAUAAAUAAAUAAAAUCAUGGAUCUUUAUUGUA